UCCGCCGGGUUGCACGCACGCUGAAGUUCCUAGCUGCUGUCACCAGCCUCUAAUCUCAUCGUACCGGAGUCCCAAUGAAGGUGAAGGGGGUGUCGCGCCGUUCUCUAUUUACCUGAGACACCUGUACCCUUGUGUUGUUACUAAACACACACACACUCACAUCCGCCCUCUGGCAGAGAGAGGAAGAAAACCCGACUGCUGCAAGAAUGAAGAAGCUUCCAGUGCUCUCCCUGCUCCUCUGGCUGUGUGCGGUGUACUUUGUGGGCAUUUACCUGUUCGUCGGCGGGUUCCUGCUGGUGAGGCUGGAGGUGAACCGGACCAGUACCUGCGGGGACGUGCUGCAGCCCGGGGACGUGAUGCAGCCCGGGGAGGAACCGGCCGACUUCUGCCGGGUCCAGCCUCGGUUCCGCCGGGCAGUCCUCCUCAUCAUCGACGCCCUCAAGAUUGACUUCGCCUGGUUUGACCCCAACAACACGUCUCCGAGACCUUAUGAGAACAAGCUGCCCGUGCUGGAGGAGACAGUCACAUCCAGGCCUUCCCACAGCCGCCUGUAUCCUUUCCGAGCUGACCCACCUACGACCACCAUGCAGAGGAUCAAGGGCUUCACCACUGGCUCCUUGCCUACCUUUGUGGAUGUAGGCAACAACUUUGCAUCCAGUGCCAUCUUGGAGGACAACCUCAUCCACCAGUUUGGGCAAGUGGGCAAGCGCGUUGUCUUCAUGGGCGACGACACUUGGGAGAAUCUGUUUCCGAAGAAGUUCCACCGCUCGCUGCCCUUCCCUUCCUUCAACGUGAAGGAUCUGCACACGGUGGACAACGGCAUCCUCCAGCACCUCUACUCCACUAUGGUGGGCGAGGAUUGGGAUGUCCUGGUCGCUCACUUCCUCGGAGUGGACCACUGCGGUCACAGGUUCGGCCCCGACCACCCGGCCAUGGCGGACAAGCUGACGCAGAUGGACGGGGUCAUCAGGUCUGUGAUCGACCGCCUGCAGAACGACACCCUCCUGGUGGUGAUGGGAGAUCACGGGAUGACGGACACGGGGGAUCACGGCGGGGAAAGUCAGAAGGAGACGGACGCUGCCAUCUUCCUCUACAGUCCCUCCCCUCUGUUCCCCGGACCGCCAACCCAGAGUGAACCGGACGUGGUGCCGCAAACAGACCUGGUGCCCACCCUGGCUCUGCUGCUGGGGGUCCCCAUCCCGUACAGUAGCGUCGGCCAGGUCCUGCUGCCCGUGUUCUCCCCCCACGGGCAGACAGGAGGUGCAGUAGGAGGUCUCAGCCAGCUGGAGGCGCUGUGGAUCAAUGCUAAACAGGUCAACCGUUUCCUGGAGACGUACUCCGGCAUGGCCAAAGACAUCCCGGCGGAGAGCCUCUCUCAGCUGAAGUCGGAGUUCUCCCGCCUCUCCUCUGAGUACCUCGCCAUGGUCAGAGAGGGCCGCCCCCCCUCCCCCCGGCUGGCCGCCUCGCUGCAGGCCUACCUCACCUCGGUCAGAGCCACCUGCCGCGCCACCUGGGCCCGCUUCAACCCGCUGAAGAUGGCGGCGGGCCUGGCCAUCCUGGCGUUCGCCUGCCUGACGUGUUUCAUCGUGUCUGAGCUGUCCCUCGUCUUGAUCCGGGAGAGCGGUCAUGGUUUAAAGCCGCCGGUUCGCGUAGCUUUUAUUGCGGGCGUUUGCGUGGCGAUCGGUCAGAUUGGCACGCAGGGCUACGUGGAGGCGUCGUGGUGCCUGGCUGCUGCCGCCCUCAGCUCAGAGCUCGUCUUCCUCUGGAGAGCCCGCCGUUCCAGAGCUGUCCCCGAGGAAAAAAACGGUUUUAAAGCCCCGAAGAGUCCCAGCUGGCUGACCCCGCGUCGCCUCCUCCUCCCGUCUCUUCUGGUCCCGCUCCUCCGCUGCGCCUCGCUGCUCUCCGACAGCUAUGUGAUCGCAGAAGGUCGGGCCGUCACCUUCCUGGUGUUCUCUCUGGCUCUCUACAUUCCCAUCCAUCUCAACUGGGACGGCCUGCUCCUCCCCCCCAUCCACGACCCUCUGAAGGCAGCUGGCUUCCUGCCUUCCCCGGCCCUGUCCCCGUCGACCGUUAGGAAGGAGAGCGGCACCCUCCUCGCCUGCCUCGGUGUCCUGGUUGGCAGCCUCUACCUCUCCCUGUCCUUCCACGCGUGUCGGGAGGAACAGGGCUCCUGCCAGCCGUCCCCCUUCCUCUCCCCCCUCUCCCGGCUGCAGGACAACCAGCUGAAGAACCUCCACUACGUCCUCUCCGUCGUCUCUCUGGGCUUGUGGACGUACCUGCUGAAACGCUGCCUCCGCCACUACGGCAACCUCAACGCCUCGAGCGGGGCGGUGUUCACGGCGCACUGGAUCCUCCCUCUGACCUCCGUGUGCCUGGCGCUGCACUGGGCCGUCAGCGCCACCCCCGAGGACAGCUUCAGGAACCUGUCGGAGCUGAUCGGCCUGGGCCAGCUGGUGCUCCCCAGGGCCGCCUUCUGCCUCCUGGGACUCGGGAUGUUCCUGAUCUGGCUGGAUCCCCUCACCGUGUUCAUAAAGCCCAAGGAUAAAACCCCAGCCCGGGGUCAGUCUCAGACCCCGUCCCGCUACCGAGCGAGCACCGGCAUCAGCACCCAGGCCGAGCUGCACCACCUCAUCCCGCAGAUCUACCAGCGCAUGCGUCGCUCGCUGGACGACGACGAGCAGUUCAUGGGCGAUGUGGACAACAGCCCCGCGGUGAAGGCCUACGGGCUGGGGACAGUCUACUCGGCCCCCUUGAUGCUGUUCUGCGGCAUGCUGGGAAUUGGACUGCUGCUGCUGCACCCGGAGGGCAUGGCUCUGUCCUUCCUCCUGCUGCUGCUGGAAAUGGGAGCUCUGUUGCACAUUCACGCGUCCUCCACCACCCUCCGAAGCCUGCAGGGAACCUUCUCUGCUGACUUUAACGUCCCCUGGACCCCGGUGGUGCUCUGGUCUCUGGCCGCCACGCAGUUCUUCCACGCCACAGGACACCUCCCCACCUUCCCCUCCAUCCAGUGGGGCGCAGCCUUCGUGGGGUUCCCUGACGGACACACAGGCACCCUGCUGCCCGCCUCUCUGGUCACCCUCAACACCUUCGCCUCUCACAUCUUGUUCUCAGUGGCCUGUCCGCUGCUGCUCUUCUGGCCCCUGGUGUGUGAGGUGCGUGGGAGUCGGGGGGGCAGAGCCUGCGGGGACGAGGGAGAGGACGCUGUGAUGGAGAUGAGACUGAGAGAACACCCCCAGCAGUUCACCUCCGCCCUGCUGCAACUCGCAACACGCUACCUCUUUAUUCUCGGAGCACAGGUCUUCUCUUCGGUCUGUGCUGCUGCUAUCCUCAGGAGACACCUAAUGGUGUGGAAGGUUUUCGCACCCAAGUUAAUGUUUGAGGCCUCGGGGUUCCUGGUGAGCAGCGUGUCUCUGCUAAUCGGGGUCGCUCUGGUGCUGCGAGUGGACGUGGCCGUGGGCGGAUGGUUUAAGAGACUCAUCCCCGACGCGUCCAGGUAGCAGAGAACAGAGGGAACGGACAUGGCAGACAACACUGUAUAGUUUUUAUACGGACCUCUCACAAAAAACAUUGCCAUCUGUGUCUGACAUCAGGAUCUCCACAAAUACGUCAUGGCCAGGCCAACGCACACUUCCUGUUCAGCCAGAGGGACUUUAGGACGUCGAAUCUUGGACUGACUGAGCAUCUUUUGAGUCUCAUUUAAAGAUUUUGUACUGUAAGACGAUAAGCUUGUAGACCGCCUCACUUAGCUGAUGAGGUUGGAGACUUUUAGUUGUGUGUGGUCAGAGGAGGAAUGUCUGAAUGUCUCCUGUUUUUCUAACUCAUAGCAUGGAUACAACCUUUCAAGCCAGACAGUUUACAGCAGCAGUCUGUUAACAGAUGGCUAGCAACCAUACUUAAACAAAUUUGGCCUUUUGGAGAUGUAUUCCCUCCAAUUUGAAAGGGAGUCUUGCAUACGUACGGAGGCCCUGAGACGCAAGUGAGAAAAAAAAUGCUGACUCAUUUUCUAAAUCUGCUGGAACUAGUUGUCUGUCCUGCAUUUAUUAAGAUGGUACAUGUUGUUACUGUCAUGUCUUUGGUUUGGAUAGAAAUGAACUUUAAUCAUUUAAUUAAUUAUACCUUGAUUGUGACCCAUAAAUACAUUGAAGAAGAACAUUUAGUUAUAGCACAGUUAGAAAAUAUAAUAAUAAUAUAUUACAUUUAUAUAGCGCUUUUCCUGGUGCUCAAAGCGCUUUAGAAGCAUAUAUAAUAAUGAUGAUAAUUUGUAUAUGAUAUGAAAAAACAAAACCUUUUAAUCAAGACAAGACCACCUAUGACAUGAACAAUUGUAAUCGCCAUAAGGGAAAACAUUUACGGAAUUUAUCUUUCUGUAUGUUAUUCCACGUUUCGCGAGUACAAUUAGAAAAACUACAUUUUAAAAGCUCAGUGUACGCUGUUACAUUAUUCCAGCGAGUUCUGUGCCUCGGAUUUAGAGUGCAUGAAGAACGUGUGAAAGAAAACAUUAAAAUGCUUUUAAUCCUAUUUCAUACAUGGGAUGGAGUUGCACUUCAGCCUAUUAUGGAGAAAAUUAGAUUUACAACACCUGACAAAACACUUUUGUUCACCAAUUUUCACAAAAUGAUCCCAUCAAAAACCUUUUUUGUUCUGUUCUUGAGUCAUAAACAAAAGAGACAAAACGAUUUUGAUCAGAAAAUGGAUCACCAGAAUAUUCUUUCCCCCUUGCCUCAUUGGGCUUCCGUACAUGUGUGCGUGCAGGAUUCAUUGUCGGAAGAAAUAAAAGAGCAUGUGAAUGUGUUUUACUGCAGAGGCUUUAACCACCAAAGCCAUCUGCCAUCCAAUGUGUGGAGCUACUUCAUGAUCAGAUAUCAAGUGCAUUACACGUCCUAAGUGUUUGCUGGAGGCUUUUUUUGGUAUGUUUUUCAAGAUUGUGAAAUAACCAGCACGUGUGGUUACUGCCAAUUUACAUAGUAUUACUGUGAACUUAGUUUUUUUAUUUAUUUUUACACGGUUUUGGGUUCUUAAUCAUUUUUUUAGGGGUUCUGAUUCCUAUCUCUAAUGCCUAUUUAUAAUUCCUUCUUUAAAUCUCAAACUAAACUUUUGUCUUACUUAGGCCUGCAACUUGUAUUCCCUGGAACAGGUGCCUACAUUUGACCAAUGCCUUUUUUUGUGUAUGAUGUCAUUAUGUUGACGGGGACAUUUAAUCCAGUUGGUUAAUUUAUAAGCCAGUAUCUGAAGUAAGAUCUGUGACUGUUGUGCAGCUGUAGUCAGCAGCUAAAGCUAAUUAGCUAAUGCAUGAUAUGGAAGGGAUGUUGACUCAGAAUGAAUUAGCUACAGUGAAAUAGUGCUGCGUUUCUCAGGCUGCUGUGACUGGUCAUUUAGAGCGGCUGCCGUAGUGAUCAGCCCAAAGUGAAGGUUUGGCUAGGUUGUGUGAUAACGGGGCACUUUUUCUGUUCUGUUCUCAAAAGUUUAAUAUAUGAAUAUCUGAUUAAUUAUGAUUUUUUUUCAUUCUGUGAGAAAUGUAAUAAAAGUUUUUUACAAGAAAA